GUCUGUCUGUGUGUGUGCCUGUGUGUGUAUGUGUGUGUGCAGGUGUGUCAGGAGACAACAAAAUCUGCUCAAGGUGAGGAUUAGCGUUGUUGAUUGCUGUUGGUUUUGAAGACCUGAUUAGACUGCUUCCUAAAUGCUCAGCCUUUAGGCCAUUUUUAAAAGCAACCGCAGCAUUUUUUGAUCCGAAGCGUGAGAAGAAUGCGUUUUUCCGUCGUAGUCCACUUCUGUUGGCGGCGCUUCGGAUUUGGACGGCGCCUACAAUUUGAAUAAAUCUGCCAUUCAAGCAGUCAAUCAAUCAGUGCGGUGACUGAUGGGUCGUGUACUUAAAACACUGAUAUUUAUGGCCUGUGUGGUCUUAGAAUGAGUGUCUGGUGGAUAAAAAUUCCAGCCUGUGUGUGUGUGUGUGUGUGUGUGUGUGUGUGUGUGUGUGUGUGUGUGUGUGUGUGUGUGUGUCUCCAGACACAAGAGACUCGACUAAGAUUGUGUCUCUCUCUCUCUCAGGCGAGUCAAUCUAAGUCUGUUUAUAAAUCCCAAAAUCCAUCAAUGUCUCCAUGAGCUUUACAGAUCCUUAGCGAUUGACAACCACCAAGCUUCGGAUCAUCUACGAAGACAAAGACGAAAAUUCCACAAAAUCCGUUUAGUGAAAAACAACCCACUUUGGGAAUGUACGAAAACGAAAAUUGACGAUGAAUUUUUUUAUUUGGUACCGAGCAGCAUGAUGGUGAACCGGGUAGCGAUCCCUCCUCACAGCUCCACGGUCACUACUGCGUUUUCCUCACAGUUCGCUCCAGCUCCAGCGCUUUUCUCCUCACAUCCCAGGAGGUGGAUCGUUUGAUCUAAAUACCCCCUGGAUGUGAACGUGUAUGUGUGUGUGUGCUUGGGUUGAACCUCUGUCCUGUCCAGUGUGUAUUUCUGCCUCAUACACAGUUUUCAGUACAAGUCUAACCAGAAUAAUGCACUUUCCAAGCAAAUUAAAUCCAAUCUACAGUAGGUAGAGUCAGGGUUCUCUGUAACACCCGAGACGGAUCCGGAUGUGGAUCCGGAGCCGAUACAGAAGCAAUACACCCUGGAUGGGAUGCCGGUCUACUACAGGAGACUAUUCACACACUCGUUCACACACUAAGGGCAAAUUUAGAGUCCAAGGAUAAUUUGAAGACAGAGGAAGGACACUGAUGUAGCUUCCAGAAACCAGUUUGAAUCUCUACACACAGAAACAUGAGCUAGCGUGGAAGCUGUGAGGAGGCAACGAUGCUAUUUUGUUUUUGUGCGUUAUUGCACCAAGUACCUGAUUAAUACACUACAGUUUGUGUUCGAAAGAUAGCUUCGGUGAUGAGUAUAUGUGGUAUGUUUGUGUGUGUGUGUGUGUGUGUGUGUGUGUGUGUGUGUGUGUGUGUGUGUGUGUGUGUGUGUGUGUGUGUAUAUGUCACAUGUUCUGUCUGUUACCAUGUAAAACCAGCAUAUGAAUCAUGCCGCUUUCUGACCUACAAAUGUGGGAAGUCAUGAUUCACCCAAAGCUGAUUUUAACCUUCCUCAGGCCAGCUUGCUUUCCUCCCCACCACACACACACACACACACACACACACACACACACACACACACACACACACACACACACACACCCGCACGACACAAACACAACACACACAGUGACACCAGCAGGCUUUUCAUCAUUCUCUGGAGGAGCUUUAGUGUGCACUCUGCCGCUCGGUUUGAUUAAGGGGGCAGCAUGGACUUUUUGUUGUCACUUACAUCUGGAAUGUCUCAGCUUUCUCAGAAGCCAGUGUUUUAACCGGAGUGCAUGUGUAACUUUCUGAGGGUGUGUGCGGUAUGUCCGUGGAUGAGCAGCCGGAGGGCCCGAUGUACGUGUAUGAGUCGACGGUGCACUGCUCCAACCUCCUGCUGGGUCUGAACGAGCAGCGCGAGCGCGGUCUGCUCUGCGAUGUCACAGUGCAGGUGGAGGGCAAGCAGUUCCGCGCCCACCGCGCCGUGCUGGCGGCCUGCAGCGGAUACUUCCUGCAGGGUCUGGUGGCACACGGUGACAACGAGCUCAUCUUCACCAUGCCCGAUGAGGUCACUGCCAGGGGCUUUGCUCCAUUGUUGCAGUUUGCCUACACAGCCAAGUUGCUGCUCAGCCGUGACAACAUCCAGGAAGUGAUACGCUGCGCAGACUUCCUUCGCAUGCACAACCUAGAGGAUUCCUGCUUCCGUUUCCUGGAGGCACAGCUGCGGAGUGAGGAAGACGGGGCCUUGAUCUGUCAAAAGGUGGCGCCGGAGAGCAACCAUUCAGAAGAUGAGAACAUGCAAGCUGAGGCAUCGGCUAUGACGACGAAUGCACCGGUCACUUGGGCUGCUUCUCCGCGCUCCCGUCGCCAUCCCGAUGCCCUCAAUGCUCUGCGGCGGCCAGACCAUGAGCGGCUUGUAGCCAGCGCUGACUUCCCAGAUGGUCAAGUGGACUCAGAACAGCAGGUCACCUCGGAUCUGCCACGGUGCCCUAAGUACAGGAAGUACCAGCGGGCUUGCAGUAAGCACAACAGCAACGAGAGCUCCUCACACACCAGUAGUACCUCAGGUUUCCCAAGCACAUUGCUCAGCGGGCCGGCUGUGACUCGCAUCAAGCAGGAGCCGCAGGAGGGCGAGGAUGAACCCAUCACUUUGGGUCUGUCAGGCGAUGAGGAUGAUGGCAGGGACAAAGACAAUGGCACUGCCGACAUGGAGUUGGAUGACAAUGGACUGCACGGUCUUUUCAAGCCUGCCAACAUUUCCCAGCAGCUUAACGACAGCAGAUUGGCCUGCACCCAGGUCAAAGCAAGCACUCAGGGAGAGCACAAAAAGGACUACAGGCCUUCACAGGUGCCUGUGGCCUUCCCCAAAGAUGCUGACAGCUUUUCCACAGGACUGUCUCUGAGGCCAGCAUCCUGUGAAGGUGUGUGUAAGCAGGAAACAGAGUUAGACCGGCGCAGCGUCAUCUUUUCUUCAGGAGCCUGUGAGCAGCUGCCCACACCUGCCCAUUCCUACCCAGGCAGCAACUCCCAUGACAAGGAGUUGGUCGACCACCUGCCUAAAGGACAGUGGGUUGGAGGAAGCCAGUCGCUGCCAAGCUCGCAGAGUUUUUCCUCCGGUGCUGCUUCCGUCGAAGUGCCGACGCCUCUUUGCCGCCAAAGGCCCAACACCAGCUGCCCUGUGCCCAUUAAGGUGUGCCCGCGUUCUCCACCCUCUGAGACGCGCACCCGCACCUCCAGCUCCUGCUCAUCAUAUUCCUAUGCCGAGGACGGCAGUGGUGGCUCUCCCUGCAGUCUGCCACAGUUUGAGUUCUCCUCAUCACCCUGCUCCAACAUGGCUCGUUGUAUGCCUACGGACCCACAGGAUCUGGGCACAGGUACCGAUGUACUGUUUGGCCAAGCAAGGCCAAAAAUCAAGUGCGAGCAGGCUUAUGGAACCAACUCAAGCGACGAGUCUGGAUCCUUCUCUGAAGGAGACAGUGAGUCGUGCCAUGUUCAGGAGCAAGGACCAGAAAUCAAGCUACCUUUCCCCGUAGAUCAAAUCACAAAUCUUCCACGCAACGACUUCCAGAUGUUGGUGAAGAUGCACAAGCUGACGUCAGAGCAGCUGGAGUUCAUCCACGACGUGCGCAGACGGAGUAAAAACCGCAUCGCAGCCCAACGCUGUCGGAAGAGGAAACUCGACUGCAUCCUCAACCUGGAGUGCGAGAUACGCAAACUAGUAUGCGAGAAGGAGAAGCUGCUGACCGAGAGGAAUCAGUUGAAGGCGUGUAUGGGUGAGCUGUGGGAGAAUUUCUCAUGCCUGUCUCAGGAGGUGUGUCGAGACGUCCCACUGAGCCCCGAGCAAGUCCAGUCUCUCCAUCACUACUGCCCCGUCCUACGGCCCACCUCUGACUCCACCUCACCCGCGCCGCCCGCCAGCAUCGACCUCACCACCCGGUCCGGAGCCGCUACACCCGAACCCGAAUUCGUCAAAACGUUGGCUACAAACGACAGGCACCAGGCACCAGCAUCAGCCCGGUGUCACGUAGGGAACGGCGAGGGGGAGGAGACGACGUCUAGCUCCGCUUACCUCGAGGCGGGUCGGUCCUUGGAACAGUCCAGUCAGACGGUGACUGUAGACUUCUGUCAGGAGAUGACGGAUAAAUGUACCACUGACGAACAGCCGAGAAAGGACUGUACCUAAUGAUGGCGUUCUGUUUCGUUUGAUUCUUUCUUUCUUUCUUUCUUUCUUUCUUUUUUUUUCCUUUUCUUUGUUUUUUUUUCUUCUCUUUUUUCUUUUGUUAUUAUUUAAUUUUGAUAUAUCCUCUGACAAACCCCUGAAAGUUCAUGGGGUGUUAAGAUGGUCAGCCUCUGCCAGUGUUGAAUCUAUGAAUCUUUUUGUUUGUUUGUUUGUUUGUUUGUUUUUAUAUAUUUAUGUCUUUUUGAGUCUUUUUUUUAAUUAUGAUUUUAUUUUGUCUGUUUUUUAACGGUUGACACUACAGUUGUCUUAACAGCAGCAAUACUGUUACUCCAGGUUCUCUCGGGCUCAGCCGCGACUGACGCGUCUCACGUGAAAAGGAAAAAAAAAAACAAAAAAAAACACAACUAUCGAUGGUGCUACACAUUUUAUCUCCCUGCCGCUGACCUUCAUCAGUGUCUUCUCCGGGUCACAGUCCAGCUCACGGGGGACCGUCUCCCACCGCAUCUCACAUAUCGAACCUCCACGGACCUAGCAGCAGCUCGAUAUCUACUCAUCUACUCUCUUUUCUCUCUCGAUCCAUCUAUCCUUCUUUCUCUGUCGUUCGCUUGCAGUA